AUGACCGGGCCGCCGUCCUCUUCUUACCCCGGCCAGGUCCUACCGCCAGCCGCCGUGAUUUCGCCGGAAAACGAGGAGAAAAGCUCCGGUUUUGACAGAAACUUCGCCGGCUUCGUUCUCCGUCGUCCGGCCACCGAUUCCGGCAAGCUAAGUAGCUCGAUCGACGGAUUGAAAUUCGGCCGGUUUUGCGAUCGCGAUUCCGGCCACUUCCGGUCAAUUUUUGGGGUAAGCCCAAGAACAAAAGUGACUCCAAAUUAG